AUGUCUGAACAAUUUCUGGUGGUGUUGUACAAUUAUACUUCAUGGCAAAGACUUUAUCGCAUUCAACGAUAUGCAGAUGCUGAUGGUAUUACAGGUGUUACUCUGUUUGACGAAACAAGUUGUGGAACAGCACCAAAUCAAAUUUGCGGUUGUAACAAUCUCUUCGUCGAUAGUCAAGGUGGAAUCUAUUGCAGUGAUAGUCAAAAUCAUCGUGUCGUCAAAAUUAUUCCAUACACAUCGACACUGAUUGUCAUAGCAGGUACAACAAAUGGUACAUCAGGAUAUCAAUUAAACGAACUCUCCUAUCCGUCAUCAAUAUUCGUUGAUAAAGUGGGAAAUUUAUUUGUUCUUGACUCUGGAAAUUAUCGAAUACUCAAAUUUGCACCCGGAAGUCGAAAUGGGACAAGCCUAUUUUCCACAUCUUGGUAUUCAUGGGGAUCGUACAUGCUUGUUGAUGAUUUCGGCAUCAUCUAUUAUACAACGUACAAUGCUGUAUACAGAUGGGUACCAGGUACAACAUAUCCAACUAUGAUUAUUUCUGGAGUAUCCUUUUCAAGACUUCGUUUUGAUACAUAUGGAAAUUUGUAUACAAUUGAUUGCUCAAAAGAAAUUCAUUUAUUAAUUCAAUGUGAUUAA